UUAUCAAUCCCAAAAGAUGGCCUAUGACCUUGAGCAUAGGAAGUGAGUCACUGCCAACAAGAAAUGUUUGGCAGUGAUAAAGAACACGAUUGAGCCUGCUAUUGUGGGUUCGAUCCCAGAGUGUGACACUGUCACUGAGUACCUGAACAGAAUAAAGAGUCAGUUUACUGGCUCUUCAAAGACUUAUGCUACCCAGCUGAUAAAGCAGCUGGUAACAGAAAGAUACUCAGGUGGAGGCAGUGGCAUAAGAGAGCACAUACUGAGGAUGAGCAACUUGGCAUCCAAGCUCAAACCAAUGGAUCUGGCUCUAAAGGAUGAGUUCCUUAUCCAUUUGAUUUUUGCUUCUUUGCCAAAAGAGUUUGAUACAUUUGUUGUGAACUACAACAUACAGCCCGAGAAGUGGGAUUUAGAGAAGCUCAUUGCUAUGUGUGUGCAAGAAGAGGAAAGGAUAAAAGCUUCACAUGGUGGUUCCAUCAACUAUGUGAAAGAGAAUAACAAGAAAAAGAAUUUCGAUGCCAACUCUCCAAAGGGCAAGGGCAAAGGCCCCAUGCAGCAUCAACAAAAGAAAUUCACAGUGGAGAAAGAUCAGUGUCUUCAUUGCAAGAAAACGGGGCAUUACAAGAAAGACUGUCCCGAAUUCUUGAAAAUGAUAAUGGCAAAGAAAGGGAUUCCGUUCGACGAGGACUACGCAAAGAAGCGAAAGACACGUUAAAGUCGCAAAUGGAGUCCAAGCAGAUGUUGAAGCCGUUGGCGACCUUCCUCUGGAGCUUGCUGAUGGAUUCACAUUAAUUCUUAGAGA